AUGGUAUUGAUAUACAUCUAUAGAUUUAGGGAGCCCAUAAAUCAUUAAGAAUGAAGAAAAGAUUAAUUAAGGCUAACAAAUAAAAUAGACCUUUACCAAAUUGGUUUAGAUACAGAACAGAUAACACAAUUAGGUAUUUGCAAUAAUAAUAAAAAAUUAAAGGUAUAAUUCAAAGAGAAGACAUUGGAGAAGAACUAAGCUUAACAUAAAUUGA